ACAUACCAAGGUUAAUCACAAAGAUUAAAAUUACACAGAAAGCCACUGCAAAUGUCUUGCACUCUCAGACCCCCUUUUCACUUCCAAUCUUCUUUUUCAAUUUCAGCAAAAUCAAACAUUUUCCACUUGACCUUCUUAUUCAACCCUCCAAAUCCAAAACCUAUUUCAUUACAAAGCAUAUCAAACAGUAUGAACAGGGCUGCAGUUUGUAGUACAAGAAAUAAUGACAAUAAUAACAGAUGGUCCCUUCAUGGGAGAACAGCUCUUGUUACUGGUGGCACUCGUGGAAUCGGACGGGCAAUUGUGGAGGAAUUGGUGGGCUUUGGGGCUAGAGUGCACACAUGUUGCAGGAAUGAUAAUGAGCUGAAGAAAUGCUUGAAGGAAUGGGAUGGAUUGGGGUUUGAGAUUAGUGGGUCUGUUUGUGAUGUCUCUGUUUCAACUCAAAGAGAGGAGCUUAUGAAAACUGUAUCUUCUAUUUAUAAUGGCAAGCUCAACAUUCUUGUUAAUAAUGUUGGAACAAACAUUCGAAAGCCAAUGGUGGAGUUCACUCCUGAAGACUUUUCUACUCUCAUGACAACCAAUUUUGAUUCUGCUUUUCAUUUAAGUCAACUUGCUUAUCCUCUCCUGAAAUCUUCAGGGGAGGGAAGUGUUGUUUUUACAUCCUCUGUCUCCGGUUUUGUCUCACUAAAAUCUAUGUCUGUUCAUGGAGCAACUAAAGGUGCAAUCAACCAACUAACAAAAAGUUUGGCUUGUGAGUGGGCAAAAGACAACAUAAGAAGUAAUGCUGUUGCACCUUGGUAUAUCAAAACCUCUAUGGUGGAACAAGUCCUCAGCGACAAGCCAUAUUUGGAAGAGGUAUAUUCUAGAACUCCUCUUAGGCGCCUCGGAGAGCCAACAGAGGUUUCAUCUGUUGUGGCAUUCCUUUGUUUACCUGCAUCAUCUUACAUUACCGGCCAGAUUAUUUGCGUAGAUGGAGGGAUGACUGAUACUAGAUGGUCUCUUCAUGGAAAAACUGCACUUGUUACUGGUGGAACCAAAGGAAUUGGACUUGCUAUUGUAGAAGAAUUGGCAGGACUUGGUGCAGUUGUACAUACGUGCUCCAGAAAUGAAAGUCAUCUAAUGGAAUGCAUAAAUGAUUGGCAUGAAAAAGGGUUCGAUGUGUCUGGUUCAGUAUGUGAUGUAUCCUCUCGAGUUCAACGACAAAAGCUAUUAGAAUCUGUUGCUGAUGUGUUUGAUGGAAAGCUGAAUAUACUCGUAAACAACGUGGGAACAAAUCCAAGAAAACCAACAUUGGAUGUAGCUGCAGAAGAUUUCUCAUUUACAGUAAGUACCAACCUUGAAUCUGCAUACAAUAUUUGCCAACUCGCAUAUCCACUUCUGAAAGCUUCUGAAGAAGCAAGCAUUGUUUUUAUAUCCUCUGUUGCCGGAGUUGUAUCCGUAAACACAGGCUCGAUUUACGCCGUAACGAAAGGAGGCAUAAACCAACUCACAAAGAGCUUGGCAUGUGAGUGGGCUAAAGAUGAUAUAAGGACUAACUGUGUUGCUCAUUUUUGCUAUAUGUUUUUCAAAUUAUUGCUGUGCCACUUUUAUUAAUUUUCAUUAAUUUUUACUUGAUUUAAAUUAUUUUAUUUUAAUGGAGUCUGAUUUUGCUUACA